UCAUGGUCCAUGGACGUUGCUUUAGAAAAAGAGAGAUAACAUUCAAUGAUAAAUCCCCACCAAUUACUUUCUGCUUUCAGUGCUUGGCUACCCUCAACCCUUGCAUCGUUUUUCUUGAUUCCUGAAGAAAACAAUGGCGGAAGCCCUCCUUUCUGCGUUCCUUGGAGUCCUCUUUGACCGUCUCUCGUCUCGGGAGUUGCUCAACUUUGCUCGCCGAGAGGGACUUGAGAAAAAGAUGGAUAAGUGGAGCAAAAUGCUGUCAAGAAUUGAGGCUGUGCUUGCUGAUGCAGAGGAGAAGCGAGAUAAUGGCGUGGCAGUGAAGAAGUGGCUAGAUGAUCUCAGAGACUUGGCUUACGAUGUGGAUGACAUCCUCGAUGAGUUCGCCACCAAAGCUUUGCAACAGAAACUGACGGGAGGAAAUCAGGCCAGCACAAGUAAGGUACGGAACUUCAUCCCUGCUUGUUGUACUGGUUUCAAGAUCAACAAUAGGCUGGGGUCAGAGAUAGAGGAGAUCACUGAUCGAUUCAACGAGAUGGUGAAGCAAAAAGAUGAUCUGAAAUUGUGUGAAAAUGUUGAUAGGAGGUCACGCAGAACAAGAGAGACACUGGCGCCAACUUCCGUAGUGACCAAAGCUAAUGUUUAUGGGAGGGAAAAAGAUAAAGAGGCUAUACUUGAAUUGCUGGUGGGUGAAAAAUGUAGGGAUGCUCAACUCUCUGUGAUUCCUGUAAUUGGUAUGGGGGGCAUAGGAAAGACAACUCUUGCCCAGCUUGUGUACAAUGAUGAAAAAGUGCAGAGCUAUUUUGAUAUGAAGGCAUGGGCUUGUGUUUCUGAAGAUUUUGAUGUUGUUAGGGUGACAAAAACAAUUUUAGAAUCUCUCACCCCUGAAAAUUGUGAGGGUAAGGAUCUAAAUUGGUUGCAAAAUAAACUAAAGGAGAAUGUGAAGGGGAAGAAGUUUUUAGUCGUUUUAGAUGAUCUUUGGAAUGAAAACUACCAUGACUGGAGUAUCUUACGUGCUCCUUUUGAAGAAGGGGCUUCAGGAAGUGCAAUUGUCAUCACAACUCGCAAUGUGGGAGUUUCAUCAAAGACAGGUACCAUUCCAGCUGCUUACUCACUCAAAGAGUUGUCAAAUGAUGUUUGCUUGUCUAUAUUGGCCCAUCAUGCAUUGGGGAAAAGAGACUUCAGUGCACAUCUAAACCUCAAAGAUAUUGGUGAAGGAAUAGUUGGAAGGUGUAAAGGCUCCCCUUUGGCAGCGAAAGUACUUGGAGGUGUCUUACGCAAUAAAAUGGAGCCUAAUGAGUGGGAAGAUGUAUUGAAGAGCAAGAUAUGGGAUUUACCAGAAGUGGGAAGUGAAAUUGAUCCAGCUCUUAUGUUGAGCUUUCAUCAUCUCCCUUCACAUUUAAAGAGGUGCUUUGUGUAUUGCUCUGUACUUCCCAAGGACUAUGAAUUUGAGGAGACACAGUUGGUUCUACUAUGGAUGGCAGAAGGUUUACUUCAACCACGAGAUGGGAGAAAGCAAAUGGAAGAUUUGGGUAGCGAGUAUUUUAACAAUCUGCUGUCGAGGUCAUUUUUCCAACAAUCAUUCAAGGAUGAAUCAAGGUUUCUUAUGCAUGACCUCAUCAACGAUUUGGCUGAAAAGGUUGCAGGAGAUAUAUGCUUUAAAAUGGAGGAUAGAAUUGGAGGUAAUAAUGGAAGGAAACCUUCUACGAAGGCUCGACAUUCAUCUUACCUUGGCGGUGAAUAUGAUGGCAUUCAAAAGUUUGAGAUUUUUAAUGAUCUCACAUGUUUACGAACCUUCCUACCUCUUAUGCUUCCAUAUCCAGGCAAUUGUUACUUGACUAGUAAUGUUCCUCUUGAAUUAUUGCCAAAAUUGCAGCGCUUAAGGGUGCUCUCUUUGAGGGGAUACAACAUAUUUGAGUUACCAGAGUCAAUUGGUGAUCUCAAGCAUCUACGGUCCUUUGAUCUUUCUCUCACUAAAAUCAGAAGCUUGCCUGAUUCAAUAGCCACUCUCUAUAAUUUACAGACAAUGAUUUUGGAGGAUUGUUCUAAUCUAAAGAAAUUGCCUUCAACGUUUGCUAACCUAGUCAAUUUGCGACAUCUCAACAUUCAAGGAGCACGUGCAUUGGAUGCAAUGCCUCCGCAAAUGGGUAAAUUAACUUGUCUCCAAUCAUUGUCUAAUCUAGUUGUGGGAAAAGGUAGUUGUUCCGGGGUAAAGGAGUUAGGGCCUUUGUUGCAUCUUCGAGAGACACUUUGCAUUUCAGGAUUGGAAAAUGUGAUUAAUCUUGAGGAGGCGAGGGACGCUAGGUUAAUUGAAAAACACAAUCUCCAUGGGUUGUCAUUGAAAUGGAGUAGAAACAUAGAUGAGUCACAAGAUCGAAAAAGUGAAUUAAAGGUACUUAACAUGCUACAACCUCACAAGGGUUUAAAAGAGCUCACUAUUAGACACUAUGGCGGUGCAGAAUUUCCAACUUGGUUAAGAGUUCCCUCAUUUUGUAAUAUGAUAGUUUUGAAGAUUGAAAGUUGUGCAAAGUGCACAACCUUGCCAGCAGUGGGCCAGUUACCAUCACUUAAAGAACUUUUCAUCAAAGGCAUGGCCAGUGUGAAAAAUAUUGGAAGUGAGUUUUGCGAGGAAGGUUGCUCACAAGCUUUCAAAUCCUUGGAGAUUUUGCGUUUCCAGAAUAUGCAAGAAUGGGAGAACUGGAUUCCUUGUGAAGAAUUUCCAAAACUGCUUAAGCUUUCUUUUAUAAGGUGUCCCAAGCUUGUCGGUAAGUUACCAAACCACCUUCCUUUAUUACAAAACAUUGUGAUAAAUCAAUGUAGGCAAUUGGUGGUUUCAAUUUCAUGCUUUCCAGAGCUAUGCAAACUAAAAAUUGAGGAAUCAGAAGGGGUGGUGCAUAGAGGCAAGGUUGACUUCGGUUCACUACGCUUCUCGUCUCUUUCAACAAUUUCAGAAUUCACAUGUCAAAUAGAAGGGUUUAUAAUGGAAGGGCUGACAAGCGUGGAAGAUUUGACGAUUGAAACUUGUGAGGAGCUUACGCCUUUGUGGUCAAAUGAUGUGGGAUUACUACAACAUCUCCCAUGUCUUCGUGUUUUGAAUAUUUCUAAUUGUUCCAAACUUGUUUCUUUGGUGGCAAAAGAAGUGGAAGAGCAGCUACAUUUGGGUUGGCCAUCCAAACUCAAAGAAAUCAGGAUAAGAAAUUGCGAGGUCCUAGAAUCUUUACCCAAGUCAAUGAUGCACAACAACACGUGUGUUGAGUAUAUUCAUAUCAGUAACUGUCCUUCCCUUACGUACUUUGCAGUAGACCAACUACCUCCAAUGCUAAAGCGGCUAUAUAUAGAAGAUUGUAAUAUGCUGAUUUCGUUGGAUGGGGAUGAUGUCAACAAUUGUGGCAGCAGCACAUCUCUUCUUGAGCACUUGAUAAUUAUGAAUUGUCCAUCGCUCAAAUCCUUAACACCAAGCAGAGAAUUACCUACAACACUUAAAUCCCUCACAAUUUCGAAUUGUAAGAAUCUGGAGUCGAUAGCGAAGAGCUUCCAUCACAACUCGUCUCUUGAAGUGAUUGAUAUCGAAUCAUGUGAGAAUCUUAAAUCCUUACCCAUGGGCAUACACAACCUCAGCCAUCUGGAUAAUAUUUAUAUUUUCAAAUGUCAAACUCUUGUUUCCUUCCCAGACAAAGGGUUGCUCCCUGCCAACCUGAGAUCACUUUCGAUUUUCGAAUGUGAGAAAAUGCAGGUCUCGCCCAACUGCAUACAAAACCUCACCUCUCUUCAAGGAUUGUGGAUAAGAAAAUGUCCAAGCAUUAAUGUAUCAUUUUCGGAAGUAGGUUUUCCCACCAGCCUAACAUCACUUUCUAUCGAUGAUAUGGCGUCGUUUAACGAGGCCUUUUUUGAGGGGGGAUUGUACAAGCUUACCUCUCUUAAAAAACUUGAUAUUUUCGGUCACUCUCCGCAUCUGGUGUCCUUCCCAGAGAUGAUGCUACCUGUCUCUCUAACCAGCCUCAUCAUCAGAGACUUCCCGGAUUUGAAAUGCUUAUCUUCCAAAGGCUUUCAAAACCUUGCCUCUCUUCAAUUUUUGUUUAUCUUGGAUUGUGAAAAGCUCACGUCCUUCCCAGAGGAUGGCUUCUCUCCCUCACUCCUGCGGCUUUAUAUCCAGAGAUGUCCUCUACUAGAAAAACGUUGCAAGAAAGAUCGAGGACCAGAGUGGUUCAAGAUAGCCCACAUCCCUUGCAUUGUAAUUGAUGGGAGAUUAAUUUAUGAACCAGAAUAGGAGAAUCCGUGAAUCCGAGUUUUGUUUGAUGCAAGUAAAGUUUCAAGAAAUAAAUCCAAAGCAAGAGGAUAGGUGUUUGUUAAAAUGCCCAAGCGACAACGUUGAGAGAGGAGGCCUUCGAAUAUGAGUUUUUCAUUACUAUUUGACCCUCCAAAUAUAGGUAAGUAACUAGAUAUUGAUCCUUUGAUAAGGUUGGCAUUCAUAUUCAGUAACUGGAUUGAUCAUGUUCAUUCAUUUAAUUUUCAUUGAGAAGAAGUAGAUGGGAUUAUCUUAACGUUGUAUCCCCAUCAUCAACAAACGGAUCCGGAUUAUGAAUAUAAAGAGAUGGUUCAAAAGGCUGGUGCAAAUUGUUACAACUUUCUCCAUCUGUGUAUUAAUUCCUGUAUAAUUGGAGGUGUGCAGCUUUAUUUUGAAACAAUGGUUGCCAAUCUGUUAUGUUUUUCUA